CCAACCAUUCCUUUGCAGAAAACCCAAUUCACUCUCCAUUCCCUUUUCACUUAACCUUAUUUAUCUCAUCCCCAUUACUACUUUCUUCUUCUCCUUCUCCUUCUUCUUAUAUUUCUCUCUCUUAUCUUUUCCUUUUUAAUUUACUUAUCUCACUGCCAGCUCUCUCUUUUCUGAUUUUUCUUUCAACCCUAUUACCUAUUCUAUUGAAGAAUCCUAUCUACCUUUCUUCCUCCACCUCCCGAUCUUCUCAGCUUCUUCUUUAACAAUCAUGCAAAUCAUAACCCACUCAUGAUAUAAUCACUACUACUCCUACUUGAUCAUCCCUGCUAUCUACUUUUUCUUUUUCUCUUUUCCCUUUUCCCUUUACCAAUUAACUCACUCGGAGGCCUUUGCCUCAUCCUCAUCAUGUUCUCAACUUCCAACGCUCUCACUACGACAGCUACUCCUUUGCCUGAUCUCUCCUUGCAGAUCUGCCCGCCCUCGCUCUCUGAUUCUGAUGCCAAGCAAAUGGGUUUUGAUGGGUUUAAUACGAAACCCCUCAGCAGCAGCGACAGGAGCUCCACCACAGCCGAUUCCGCCAGCAGCGGCAGCGAUUUAAGCCAAGAAAAUGGCUUCUUUAACCCAGACAGUAGCUGUUACAAACUCCACCACGGUGAGCCCUCAUUGAGUUUAGGGUUUGAAAUGGCUCCACAGCAAGUGCAACUGCCAAGACCCAAUAAUCAUCACCACCACCAGUAUCAGCCUCAAAUCUACGCCCGUGAUUUCAAGAGAAAUGCAAGAAUGGUUGGUGGAGCGAAACGAAGCAUCAGAGCUCCAAGGAUGAGAUGGACCACCACUCUCCAUGCCCAUUUUGUUCACGCAGUGCAGCUUCUUGGGGGUCAUGAAAGGGCAACGCCAAAAUCAGUGUUAGAGUUGAUGAAUGUGAAGGAUCUAACCCUAGCUCACGUGAAGAGUCACUUGCAGAUGUAUAGAACAGUGAAGAGCACUGACAAAGGAUCAGGUCAAGGGCAGGGUUUGAACCAGAGAACAGGGAUUGUUGAUGUGGAUGGAGGCGUCUCUUGCGGAGCAGCUCAUCAUAUCAACCCACCACCAACAUCACCAAUACCUACUCCACAAAAAACCCAAAGAACUUCGUGGUCAUCAUCAGAGGAGACAAAUGAUCGCAGGUGCAUAUCUACCCAAGUAAAUGCUUGGACGCAUUCUCAUUUGAAGGUCGACCGAGACGAGGCAGUCCUGGUUUUAUCCGAUAGUAUGAAGGAUAUACGGGAACAUCGUAGCAGCUCUUUUCCCCCAUCAAAUAUGUCUGUUAACUUAGAGUUCACCCUGGGAUCACCAAGUUUGCAAAUGGAUAACCUCUAAUCACCUAACCCUUCUCAACUCUUCAAUCACCAUUAAUUAACAUAAUAUUUCCUGCUCCUCAGUCUUGUUUUCUUUUUUUUUUUUCCCUGGGAGGGGGAGGAGGGGGUUGAAAACCUGGAGAAAAUUAAUUAAUGUCUAACUAGUUGAACUUUUGAAUUUUGGGUUAUGAAAUUAGAAAGAAGAGAGAGCGAAUGGUGCAUGCAGGCUACGGUUGUGAAUGAAAAUUAAAAAGAAUAUAUAUGCUUGCUUCAUGUUCAUUAUAUAAUUUUCCUGGUGCAUGGAACUGAUAUGCAAUAUUAUGCAUAUCAUAUGUGAUACUUUUUGUGGAGUGGAUUUAUAUGUAUAUAUGGUCCUGAGUCUGUGUUUUUGAGGUGUAUGUAUGUGUGUAUAUAAGUAAUGAACAGGUGGGUCUAUGGUUGGAGCAUGUGAAAUUUGUGUGAUAUCAUUUUCACCUUGCCUUUCAAAUUGAGCUGGUAUAUUGUCUUCU